CUAUAUAAUAUGGACGAGACUGGCAUCCGGAUUGGCAUCUCGAAGAGGCAGGCUGUCUACACGCAACAUGGACGCGACGUCCUUAUGCCAACGUCUAAUAACAGAGAGCUCGUUAGCCUUGUAGAGUGUAUCUCUGCGUCUGGCCAUUCAAUCGCGCCUAUGAUUAUUGUCAAGGGCAAAUCAAUUCUUGAUUACUGGGCAACUGAUCUUCCUGACGAUUACUUUAUCAAUACUACAUCCUCGGGCUAUUCAACAGAUCUGACAGCUUUCCACUGGAUCCAGCACUUUGAGAAACAAACAAAAGCUCGUACGAAAGGACUAUGGAGGCUCCUACUUCUCGACGGCCAUGGGUCUCAUAAUACGCGCGAAUUUUUGGAGUACUGUGAGCUCCAUCGUAUACUCGCAGUUGCGCUCCCCCCACAUACGACGCAUCUUUUGCAGCCACUAGAUGUGGGCUGCUUUCAGCCAUUGAAAUGGCAUCAUGGAAAGACGCUUGACUGGGCGGCGCGUACGGGCGCUAGAGAGAUCACAAAGGACGACUUUUUUGCUACUCUCGAUGAAAUAAGACAUCAUACGUUCACCUACAACACAAUACGAAGUGGCUGGCGACGUACAGGGCUAGCUCCAUGGGCUCCAGAAGUCGUCCUUGCCGCCGUCAGACUUAUGGAGGUGCCCCGCGUGGAUCUACAGCCAGCAGAAGUCUACAAAGACAAUGCUGGAGCUCCACAGGAUCUCCAGGACUGGAGGACUCCGCGUACGACACGCGUACUCAAUAAUCAACUCACAGAGUUGCAACAGCGUCUUUGGGAGGACUACAAUGUUGACGACGAUUUACUUAGCGCCCUAGACACUACUUACAAAGGCGCCCUCGCAAUGGCCCAGGCUACUCAAGGACUUGCCAAAGCUCUACAGCAAACAAAGGCUGCUGAGAUUGCUCGU